AGCAGCAGGGGAGGGGCGCGGGCAGACACAAUUUUAGAUAGUGGUAGUGCUGGGGGUGGUGGCCUGGGGUUCAUUGAUCAUUUGGUCUGGUUCUGUCACGCUCCCGUUGCUGUUCGUUCGUAUGCCUGAAUGCCUUAACCAGUGUUCAGGAAAAUCGUGGCGAUUUAUGUGCGAACGACUGAGGGAUAAUUGGCUCUCAUGUGAUGUUGGAUUCAAGAACAAAUAUUUUGUGAAAAUUGGCCGGUAGUCCGAUUGAUCCCAGCAUAAAGGAAUGAUCCCAGCGUAAGACCUUUUUGGGAGUCGACCCUGUGUAUGCCAAAAUUUGGGUGGGGGGUCUUCUGAGAAGAGCUGCCCUUGGCAUCCGCUGCUGCCAUUUUCACCUGCAUGAGAUUCUUCAAAAUGGCCGUAGCGGUCGAUCAACAUCAUGGAUUUAGGCCUUUCAGCCGAUCCCAGAGAUGCAGACUCCAAUCCUACACUCACCUCGAUCAGAAAUUUCUUGAACAUAGCCAAAGAAAUCUAGCCCAUUCCUUAAAGCAAGCAUUUGAUCAGGCCGAUAACAUCCACCGAAGCUUAUCCACCCCAUGCCUUUCCAUAACUCCCACAGUGGAGGAAGAGUUCGACGCAAAUCCAAGGAUUGAGAUUGUUGGUGGCCGUCAGGAUCCUAGACUGCGUGCUCUCGUGGUUGAGGUUGCCAUAGCUCUGGCCUCUGGAGUCGAUCCCAUGCAGGUGUCAAGUGGGUUAGGCGGUGCCUACUUCUUGCGUAGCAGAAAUGGCGAUAAUAUUGCCGUGGCAAAGCCAAUAGACGAAGAACCUCUAGCUUUUAACAAUCCAAAAAGCUUUGGCGGUCUGAUGCUCGGCCAACCUGGGUUGAAACGCUCAGUCAGGAUAGGUGAAGCCGGCGUUCGUGAAUCGGCUGCUUAUCUUCUUGACCAUAGCGGCUUUGCCGGGGUUCCUCCAACAGCGUUAGUAGAAAUCUCUCGCGUUGCAUUCUGUGGCGCCGUUGAUAUUGAAGCCAAAGUUCCGUUUGCACAACGUAAGAUUGCCUCACUCCAGCGAUUUGUAGACCACAAAUACGAUGCAGGAGAGUUAGGCUCUUCUGGCUUCUCAGUGUCAUCAGUUCACCGGAUUGGGGUUUUCGAUAUCAGACUCCUAAAUCUUGAUAGACAUGCUGGAAACAUACUUGUUAAGAAGCACGAGCAUGAGAACAAUGCGGCUGGGGUUGCUGAGCUUGUCCCCAUUGACCAUGGGCUUUGCCUCCCUGAAUGGCUUGAUGAUCCAUAUUUUGAGUGGCUGCAUUGGCCUCAAGCCUCGGUUCCUUUCUCCGAGUACGAAAUUGAAUACAUUUCUAACCUUGAUCCGUUUAAAGAUGCCGAGCUUUUAAGGACUGAGCUUCCUUCUAUAAGAGAGUCCUCUAUACGGGUACUCGUGGUUUGCACUAUUUUCUUGAAGCGAGCAGCAGCAACUGGGCUUUGUCUUGCCGAAAUUGGUGAAAUGAUGACUCGGGAUUUUGGCUGCGGGGAAGAAAAUUUGAGUAUCCUCGAGAAUCUCUGCGCCCAAGCCAAGGCUAGCUUGCCGAAUAUUCUUUAUGAUGAUCAUAGCGUAGAAGAAACAAGAAAAGAAGAGGAAAUAUUUCAAUUUGACAAAGAAAACGGAGAUAGUUUUAGUGAUUUCUUAGAUCUUCCACAACUCUUGAAGGGCCAUGCUGUGGUAGCUAAGCCACUUAAUAUAUCAAGGUUUUCAUCCACAGGGUCAAUGAAUACUGAGGCAGUAUGGCCUCCAUUAAUACAAGAGGAAAAUGACCAUUUUCACGAAACCUUUGAUGUCAAGGAGAAUCAGGGCAGCGACGACAACGAUGGCUGUGACAAUCAUAAGGUAGGGGGCUUCAUGAAGAGCAUAAGUUUCUCGGUACCUAACCACGAGAGUGAUCAAAUGGGGGGAAUUUCUUUCGAAGACAUGAGCGAAAAUGAAUGGGAAUUGUUCUUGGAGAUUUUCAAGGAGCUUUUGCCCGAGGUAUUUGAAGGCAAAAAGUGCACGAGCUUGAAGCAAAGGUUAGGAACUUCUUGCAAGUUUUGAGGGAAUUAAGGAAACAGAUGCCAGAUAUAUGAAUGGUACUAAUCGUUAUUGCUCGUAUAACUCAUGUCAUGUAUAUAUAAUAUUAUCGCAAGAGGCCGGCCGCCUAGUGUAGAAUUGUAGAUAAAAUGCUAUAUAUCUAGGGGAGGAGUGGAAAAGAGAUUUGGUGAAAUGCCAUCCUUCCAUUUUUACGUACCUUUCCCUAUCUAUAUGUUGUGUCUUAUUUUCAAAUGUAAACUAAUUACAAAGAGUACUACCCGUACGUCCUUCUUGAAUACAUCAUUUUGGAAGGAUUUAUAUAUAUUUAUUGGGUUUAUUUGAGUUGUA